CCUCAUGACCCCGCGGAGCCUGUGCUCAAGCUUCCUGCUCGACCUGGCAGCAGCCCGUCUCCUCCUGGUGCCCCGCCUCCGGCCCUGUCUUUUCCGCAGCAGGUCCAGCGCAACAGUUAAGCUUCGGCUCACUGAGCAGCAUGGCCCUAUAAGAUCAUGAGAUGAGAUCACAUGACGAGGAAGAGAGAAAGAGAGAGAGAGACAGAGAGACAGAUCGGCUGCGAAUGGGAGACGAGUUCGGACAGACACAGGGACACUGGAGAGUACAUUACAGUCAGAACGAUGCAAGAGGAGAUGAAGGGAGGAGGGAGUAUGGUGGAGCGAGGCUGGCAGGGCGGGGCUGCUGUGUGACAGAGCGGGAGGCAGGAGAGUGAGGAAGCUGUUCACCAGACGAGGGUGGGGGGGGGUGGGAGGAGGAGGAGGAGGAGGAGGGGGGCUUCCAGACUGGAUGGGCCCAGCGAUGCCUUGAUGGAGUAUGGGCCAGGUUUUAGGAUUCUCCCACUGCCAGGAAUAUGGCUCUGUGGCGUCCACUCCAGACUCGACACCUCCAUGCACUGAUGGCGGAAAUGAGGAGUCUGAGAUGUGCGAGCUGCAGACAGCCAGGGAAUGGUCUGACGAUGAGAUGGGGGGAGAUGGAGAUCCAGAUGAUGACGAGGGACUGGCUUCAUCCCCGUCCAUCUGGGGAACGCCACGUCAGAACUCCUUCGAGCUGACUUUCUCUUACAUCGCCAUCGCCGAGGCCGAAGCGGUGGGAGCCGUGCGACACCUUCGUGACCGACGCAGGGGAGGCGGCUCCAGGGGAAGUCGCACCCCUUUGAUCCGCACGGACACCCUGGAGACGCUGUUGGACUCUCCUGAUGUAGACUGGGACCCUGACGCCUUCCUCAGUCAAGAGCAAGGAGAGGAAUCAUCCGUGAGAGGAGAGCAGGAGAUGGUGGAGGCGAGGACAGCGGGUGCAGCAGUGAGGGUGGAGCACCACAGACAGACUGAGACUGUUACAAUCCAGCCCUCUCCCCAAACUCUGGACCCAGACACUCAGGGGAGGGACGCAGGACUCCAAAGAGAGGAGACUUCGAGCAGUCAGACUGUCCAGCCUCCCUCUAUGUCUCCGUCCUCCCAGAGCUCCUCACAGAUGCUUCAGGCAGCAGCCUCACCGACCCCCGAGCCAGAGUCUCCCGUCACCAGGGAAACCAUUUCAGUCAAGCUGCUUACAUCUGUGCGACCCAGAGGCCCGACGUCCUCGUCACCAGCUGCCAUUGGUCUAAACUCUCAGGAACAGCUGGUCAGCGAUCACUGGUUUUCAGCCCUCAACCUAUCAGAGGACCCAAGAGGAUGCACCUACAUAGCAGUGAUGGACCUGAUCUACUGGAAGGAAACCGAGCGAACCGGCAUGGUGCUGACAGGGUUAGUGGUCGGUCUGCUGUCCCUGUUCCAGCUCAGCAUCAUCACCGUGGUCUCCACAGUCUCCCUCGCUGUCAUGUGCUUCACCAUCUCAGUGCGCAUCUACUACCAACUCCUCUACGCCCUCAAAUGGGGUGAUGGAGAGCACCCCUUCAAGUCAUACUUGGACCUGGACAUCAGUUUCAGUGGAGAGGAGGCCGACCUCUACAUGCAGAAGGCCAUCGUCAUGGCUCUGUCCGCUGCUGACACUCUGAAGGGACUUUUUUUUGUUAGAAACCUCUUUGAGUCCCUUAAGCUGCUGGUUCUGCUGUACCUUGUGACGUACCUGGGAGACCUGUGCAAUGGCCUUACUCUGCUCAUCAUCAGUGUGAUUGCUCUCUUCUCUCUGCCACUUUUCUACAGGCAGCGCCAGGAGCAGGUGGACACCUUUGUUGCAAAAAUCCAGGCCACCAUUGACAACAUCAAGGACUUCUUUCAAAGACUUGCCCAGGGUGGCGGCCCCCCUCCUGACCCGACUCCCGGCGGCGCCAAACCCAAAAUCCAGUAAACACUGACGGACAAGAACUUAAAGAAAAGCUCCCAGAGUUACAGGCUGUCACUCCGAUGUCUUACCCAGCAGUCUGUGCUCAGAGCGCCAGAGAAAAGGAGCUCCAGAGACUGGGGGAGGGACGGGGGAUUACUUUAACGGACAAAGACGAGGAUCACGCAUGGUACUUUAUAUUCUAACUGUAUCUAAGUUAUGGGAUGAGAGGUUGGGCUUUGGGUUAAAACGUAAUCAAGGUGUAUGAAUCCUGGAUGAACUCUUGCUGCCGCUGUCAUAGAUGGAAGGAUUCAUCGACACAGCUUGCUGUAUAUGACCAUCCCCAGAAAUAUUCCCUCUUUUUAAUAUGUCAAAAAAAAAAAGACUCAAGAAGUGUCUUUGAUGGUUAUGAGCUGCAGUCCAAAUGAGGUACUAAGACCAGGAA